GGGACAGUGGAGGGACUGUCUGCUCAUGGCACUCCGCUUGCAGCUGGAGGAGAGCUGCAGAGAGGGGGAGCAACUGAACAGCGGGGAAUGAGAUUAAUGCACAGGUAGAAAUUGGUCGACCACAGUUGGAUGCAUGAGUUACACAUCAAAUCGUUUAAACUUGUUAGAUUAGAUUAGUGUCAGCAGGAGGGAACAGAUCUGCAGUGGAGGAAAAGCAAGACAAGAUGUGCUGCGUCCGUGGCGCCACCAGUGCGCUAUCUGGGGACAGAGUGAGCGACGGCGACGCGCUGACACCCCGCUUGUAGAUGGCUCCAACAUUUGGGGUGCAAAACAGGUGUCAGGGAAGUGUCGUCACGAACCCCGGAAGCCGGAGGAGGUGGGAACAUCAGAGGGAAAGAUGGCAGCGAAAUCCGAUGGUCGCGGGGUCGUCACCGGUUUCGCCCAGCUGCACAACCUGGACGAGGUGGUGGGGACCGGGGAGGACGACACUAGGAACAGCAGCUCAUUCCACAUCUGCCAUUGCUGCAACACCUCGUCGUGCUACUGGGGCUGCCGGAGCGCCUGCCUGCAUUACCUCCGGGGGAAGGGGAAGGGGAAGGAGAAGGAGAGAGAUGCGGCGCGGCCACCGCAGGAGGAGCGCCUCUGGCUGGACUGCCUGUGGAUCAUCCUGGCACUGCUGGUCUUUUUCUGGGACGUUGGGACCGAUUUGUGGCUGGCCAUCGACUAUUACCACAAGCAGGACUUCCUGUGGUCAGGCCUGACCCUGUUCUUCGUGCUGGUGCCCUCAGUUCUGGUCCAGAUCCUGAGCUUCAGGUGGUUUGUGCAGGAUUACACUGGGGGCGGACUGGGCUCCGUGGAGGGGCUGAGUAGCCGAAGAGCUACAGCCGGUCUGCAAAGAGACAGGUGCUGCCGCCUCUCUGUCUGGAUCUGGCAGACAGUCAUACACAUCUUUCAGUUGGGACAAGUGUGGAGGUCGAGAGAGGGCUGCACUGAGUUUGGGAGGAGAAGAAACGUCUUCAGUAUCUCAACCGAAGUGAUGUACAUCCGCACCAUGUACCUCGGUAUACAAAGUCACCGGCAGAAGGAGAACCAGCGGCGUUUUUACUGGGCUAUGAUGUACGAGUAUGCCGAUGUCAACAUGCUGCGACUGCUGGAGACCUUCUUAGAAAGUGCCCCUCAGCUGGUGCUGCAGCUCUGCAUCAUGAUCCAGAGCAACAAGGCUGAGUGGCUGCAGUGUUUUUCUGCCAUGUCCUCCCUCCUGUCCCUGGCCUGGGUGCUAGCCUCUUAUCACAAACUCCUGCGCGAUUCACGUGAUGACAAGAAGAGCAUGAGCUAUCGAGGUGCUCUGCUGCAUCUGUUCUGGCGCCUUUUUACCAUCUCCUCACGGGUGCUCUCCCUCGCCCUAUUUGCCUCAGUUUUCCACAUCUACUUUGGCAUUUUUGUGGUGCUCCAUUGGUGUGCCAUGGCUUUCUGGGUCAUCCAUGGUGGCACCGACUUCUGCAUGUCCAAAUGGGAGGAGGUACUGUUCAACAUGGUGGUGGGAGUGGUCUAUGUCUUCUGUUGGUUCAAUGUACGUGAGGGCCGGACACGGUACAGAAUGGUGGCCUAUUAUACAGUAGUACUGUUAGAGAACGCCAUCCUCAGCUCCCUUUGGUAUGCGUACCGCGACCCAGCCACCACUGACGCCUAUGCCUCUUUUGCCCUUUGUGGCGUCUUCCUGUGCUUUGCCUCAGGUGUGGCCUGUAUGGUUCUCUAUUAUGGGGUUCUACACCCCAUGGGCCCCCGGCUGAGGGUGCUGGCCAGCUCUUGCUGUGCUGAGCUGCUGUGGGGCCUUCCAUUACCCCCUGAGGCUGAGCCCAUGGCUCCCACUCCGGGCCCACGUGGCUCUCAGGCCACACCCACACGGGGUCUGGCAGGGGAGUAUGUGGAGUCAGAUGAAACAGCCACGGACACCUGCCUUCCGGUUUUCCAGGUGAGGUCCACAGAACCUGUGGAUUCAGCUGGCAGGCCCAUUCGGCCUGAGGGUCCUCUCAUCAAGAUAGACAUGCCCAGAAAACGCUACCCAGCCUGGGAUGCACACUUUGUGGAUCGGCGCCUGCGCAGGACCAUAAAUGUGCUGCAGUACGUUAGCCCUAACGCAGUGGGCAUCAGGUACAGGGACGGUCCGCUUCUUUAUGAACUCCUGCAGUAUGAAUCCUCCCUCUGAAGGCAUCUUCUCCCACAGCUCUG